UUCUUUCAUUUCCCACCCAAAUUAGAGAAAUAAGCUUCACAGAAAUGUCGUCGACCCUAAACUAAACCCUAACAAUUCCAAUUUACCCCAUAACCAAUCUUGAAAAAUCCCCAAUUCCCCCCAAAUGUAUCGCAUUAGUCGUUUAUUGUUACAAUCUAGAAGACUUGUACACACAGCAUCUCAUAAUCCACCAAGUGAAGCAUUGAAGAAAACAAUAUCAGAAAUGAGGAAAACGAAGAAUAUGAAUCACCGUAAUAAAAAGAACGAGUUUUUAGUUGAUGUACCAGAAUCAAUGGCUUAUUUAGAUACACUUAAAAUGCCUGUGGUUCUUACUGCUGUUGCAGUUGCUCUGUUCGCUAAAGUUCUCAUGAUGUAUGAUGAAUCAAAAUCUCAAGAGAGGAUUGAGCGCAAAAUUAGGAAUGCUCCUGAAGGUCAGGGGACAGUUAGGAUGCUUAGUCCUGAAGAAUGGGAGGAAAUCCAAGAAGUGAGGCCAAGAACUCCUUUUGAAUCCAAGCUUGCUCGCCCAAAUGCACACUUAAGAACAGAUGAGCCACUUCGUUUGGGGGAUGUUAAGGAUUGGGGAAUCGAUGUGCUCACAGAUGCACUUACUAGAGUAGAAGAAAGCGUCAGACACGGUGCCAAAUAAUCAUUUCGAUUUCUAACUACAACAAAUGAAUGCAAAUUUCCAAUUCCUGAUGGAGCAUUGAGGACUCGAGCAUGUUAGGCCUCACGUUGAUCAAAGUUUUGCGUUGAAGCAUUGAGUUCCUUAUGGUCAUAUGAAGCAACAGGAUGAUGGAUCAGAUGGUUAGUAUACAUACUGAAGAAUUGUAGUACACCUCUUAUUGCAUACUAUAAAGAGCAGUAUGGUCAAUCUGAACUUUAUUCUCUUAUUUUCUGGAGGAGCUCCUUUAUGCUGCAUAAGUUUCAGUAUUUCCUUUGGCUGUGUUUCACGAGCAAAUGAUUGGUGCUGGCUAUGUGUGGCAACCUGGUUUUGGAUGACAGAUACCAGAGUGAUGCUCAUGGGGCUAGUCUUAUUUCUUGUUUUUCUUUUUACCCAUGGUGCUUUGUAUAGAGUUGCCUUACUGUGGUUUUGGGGCGGAAAUUACUUUUGUGAUCCCUUUUCUAUUUGUUAUACUGAUAGAUUUUGUAAUGGAAACGUGGAGAGUGGUAAGCAUACUCUUUG